AUGUUUCUACGAGUGUGCGGACACAAUGAAGUUCAACGAGAUGUUGGCUUACGAUUUGGACGAAACCAAGAAACUGUGAAUAGAAAAUUUGGUGAAGUGUUGCAAGCUAUGGAACUUCUAGCCGCAGAUUACAUCAAGACACCAACAACACAAAAAUUACACCGGAUUCCACAACGUCUACAAGCUGAUAGAUGGUAUUGGCCAUAUUUCAGUGGUUUUGUUGGAGCUAUAGACGGAACUCAUGUGUGUGUUAAAGUAAAGCCUGAGCUACAAUCCAUGUAUUGGAACAGACACGAUUAUGCAAGCAUCAACAUAAUGGCAAUUUGUGAUAUGAAUAUGUUAUUCACAUAUGUAUGGAAUGGAGCACCGGGUUCAUGUCACGAUACAGCUGUCCUUUCACUUACACAAAAUGGUGAUUCUGAAUUUCCAUUACCACCUACAGACAAGUAUUAUGUAGUUGAUUAUGAAUAUCCUAAUAAGCAAGGAUUUUUAGCUCCUUAUAGGUCAACACGAAAUAGAGUUGUGAGAUAUCACAUGUCACAGUUCUAUACUGGUCCCCCUCCGAGAAAUAAGGAAGAAUUGUUUAAUAGGUCGCAUGCAUCUCUUCGAUCUAUCAUUGAACGCACUUUUAGAGUGUGGAAGAAGAAAUGGAGAAUUUUAACCGAUUUUCCGAGAUAUGAUAUGGAUAUCCAAAAGAGAAUGCAGAUUUUGUGGAAGAUUUUAUAG